AAUCUCAACUGUUUGGCAAUCAAGAAAUUUCACAUCCGGUUCAACAGCCAAUCAGAGGGCCCCUCGAAAUAUCAAGGUCGUAGGAAGGAAACCGUAGGACAAAGAAAUUUGAUUCGGCCUCGAGACACACGUGAGGAAGGUUGUCUUAGGUCGUCGUUGAUAAUUGUAUUGUUUUUGUUAUCAAUUUAAUUUGCGGUUUCGGUCGUUAAUUCUACCAUGUCGUUAGCCAUUGCUUCUCCUAGACUAGUCCGUAUUCUUGAUGCCAACUCUAAUCCCAUCGAUGUUUGGGUGGAUGAAUUUUCGUUUUGUUUGGGUAAAUAUUUGCGUGAACUAGAGGCGCAAAAUGAAAGUGACCAGCAAGUAAAUGAAAUUUAUCCUUCUGAAUAUUAUUCCUCAGAUUAUAUUCCAGAUGCCAAUGAGGAAAACCUUGAACAUCCGUGUGUUCCUGAUUGUAUCCAACAUGAACCACUUCAAAAUUUCCUAUUUGAAUUAGAAGAAGACACCCUUGCCAUGAGCCCUGUGAACUACAAUCCAAAUACCGUGUAUGUCAUGCAGUCUCCUCACAUGGCUUUGUUUCAGCAAGAUACUGCAAUGUGUGUGCAUGUAAACUUGGCACCGUCAAACAGCUACUGCAUGAAGAGCUUGCCAUUUCAUCCCCAGACAACACACCUUUACGAACACCAACAUUGGCCAGUACCACAAAUCCCUGAAACAUGCUAUGAAAUCUACCCUGAAAGUUUGACCUUCAACCAACCUGCUGAAAGCUAUGAUCUUCGUCCAUAUUUUCCUGUUACACCAUUUCUUCCAGUUGGCAUUCAAGAAGAAGAUGAUUUUCAAGGUUUCCCUCUGAAUGCCGAAAAUGACUCUAUGCCUGAAGAUUUCAUGAUGUACACCGCAGAAAACGGCUCAUUUUUUAUUGAAAAUAAGCUUUCGGAAAUCUCUGCAUUUGCUGACAACAACUUGUCGAAUUGGGGAUUCUCGCAUCCUUUGGGACAUGUGCUAAAGAACAAACGAGGAUUGUUCGGAUGUUUCACUCUUCACUCUGGAAAGGCUUGUUAUGUAAAAUUUACGCCCUACUCAAUCAAAUUCUCGAGCAAUCAACGUGGAGUCGCAUAUGUGAUUGACGAAGCUGGCGUCCGUACUUGUUGGGAAUCCUUCAAGUCAUUCGAGGAACUGAUCUCAGAGAGAGAUCAUAAGUGGGAAAAGAUUGAUCGGCAUCAAGUAAUCAUGCAGAGACCUUGCGGCUGUGCUUCGUCGUUCUUCCAUCACAUGCCAUCCAAAGAACUGUGGAAUUCCAAGUCUGAAGAAAACAUCUGCAUCGAGCGAAACGGCCUGAGAUUCUAUUCUGCAACAAGCGAGUUAAAGAGUCUGAAACUGAAUCUCGAUUUGGAAACACAUCAGCUAACUUCAACCCUCAAACACGUCGGCGAGCAAGAUGGUCAUAUCUACGUCAAAAGCUGCCAGUAUCGAUUCAACCAGAGCGUCCAUUUCAACGGUAAAUCACUUCAAGUGAAGUUUCAUACUCAGACGGCUCGUUUAGAUAGUAAUGGGAAAUUGUCGCUGAGCAAACAUUAAGUCGAGGGAAGGAGGGGGUUGACGUUUGCAUUACUCGAGGUAGACUGAUAGCAAAAUUCUCUUGUUAAAACUCUUUUUUGGAUUGAUUUUCUAAAGCAUCACUGUAUAAAUCCGACAACUAUUUAUUCCCCCGUCGUACCUAAGCGUUCCCUAUUCCUCUUGGUUAUUCAUUGAGGCUGCAUUUUCUGCAAUUUUGCCAGGUAGUUUAUGAAUCCCCAUUCCCCAGUAUGAUAUAUUGAAGAUUUUCGGUUAGAUGUUCUGGUUAAACUGUUUGACCUUGCACGUAUUCAACGUUGCUCAAAAUUAAUUCCCUGUGAUAACAUGUUACCGAUUUUCAAUAUACAAACGACAAUUCAAAAA